AUGUCGUACUCGUGCGCGAACCACGCGGGAUGCUCGAGCGUGAGCGGGCACUACUGCGCCGCCGUCGUUAACUCGACGACCGGUUCGUGUAGACAGUGCGAAGAGUGCGCGCAGUGGAGCGACGCGAUCGAUAGCGUGUGUCCGUCGUCGUGCGCGAGCGCGAACGUCGGGUCGAAGUCCUCGACGACGGCUGAAGAGCUGUACAACGCGUACGGGUACUGGAGCCGCGUACGGGACGAAGGGCGCGACGUGAUCGCGGUUGGGUGCUUGAAGAGCGCGGAGGAGGCGACGCGGGUCACUUCUGGCGCGCUCAAGGGACGGAAAGGUGGGUGCGCGCCCGUGUUUACGAAGAAAGCCGUCUCGCGGUGGUGUCAGCUCGACGAACUUACCCUGAGGUAUCCGUUUAACUCGUGCAUCGCGACCGCGAGUAAUGAUUAUUGCGGCGUCGGGGAGAAAGCGGUGUGCGUGGCAAACUCGUAUUACGACUGCUGUCCGUUACAAAAGGGUGUCGUCGCCGGCGUCAGCAUCGCCGUCGGUAUCGUCUUGAUCAUCGUCAAUGUUUUGAUCUGCCGCUCGUGCUACACCAGGAAAUUAAUCAAGCGAAUGGACGUGUGGAGCGAUCCAGCCGUUAAGCAGGCGGCGAUGCGGGCGUCGAUGAAGCAUCCAAAGCUCUCCAUGCGCAUCCGAGGCGCCGCGCCCGCCCCGGCGCCCGCGCCGGCGCCAGAUCAGCCGUAG